AAAUAGAAGCUUCACAGGCAUGCCCAGAGAGGUGCAUCUUACAGUUGAUUCUGGAUUCUGUGAAGCUGACAAUUAGCUUUAAUUAUCUCUUAACUCUGUUGAUUCCUUUUCUUUGCAGAGAUUUUUACUAUGUUAUAAUCCUGUUUAUCAACUCUUGCUUGUAUUAUGAGCUAUUGACACUCUAUUCAGGAAAUCAUUACAUAUGCAUCUCUCUUGGAUUAUUUCCCUCAUGUUUUUAUGCACUUUUAAGAUUUUGAAUCUUAAUUUUUAAAAUCACAUUAAUUUGGAACGGAAUUUGUACAAGAGGAGGCACGGGAGCCUUGAUUCUCUCCUGUACAUGCAGAUAACUUGUGUUCCCAGCACACUGUGUUAAAAAGAAUGUCCUUUCUUCAAGAGAUGUUUUUGCUACAGUUACUGAGAAUCAGUUUGCCAAAAAUGUAUUUUUUUUCUGGGCCGUCUCUUUAAUUUCAUUACAUUGCUUUGUCUAUGUGGAGUCUUUUUGCUUCUGUGUGAAUUUCAACAUCUCAGUUUUACCCCGUUCAGUAUGUAUGCUGGCUUAUGGAUUUGUUUUAUAAUGACCUUGUUAUGUAGAGAUGCAAUCCUGCUAUAUAUACUUUAUUUGUGGCUUUUUUGUGAAGGGAUAUUUAAUUAAACAAAAGGAUUUUCAUAUGCCUAUUGAUAUGAUCAUGUAUUUUUUACAUUUGAUUCUAUUUGUGAGCUGCAUUACAUUUCCUGCUAUACUUAUAUUGAACUAUUCACACAUUCUUGAACUGAAACCUAUUUGAUCAAGGUGAAUGACAUUUUUAAUGUACUUUGAAAUUCUAUUUAAAAGUGUUUUGUUGAGAAAUGAUGUAUUUUUGUUUCUUAGAGGUACUAGAACAAGUUACUUUUGGGUUGCAUUUUUUCCAAGUUUUAGUAAUACAGACAUUGACUUCACAGGAUGACCUUUGAUGUGAUGUUUCUCUUCCUACUUUAUAGAUUCAUUUCGAGGAACAUUGGUAUCAUUCCUUCUCUAAAGAGCAGCAGGGAAUCCAUCUAGUCUUGCUUUUUUCUGUGUGGAAAAACUUAUUACUACAGCUUCAGUAUCACUACUUGGUACUGAUUGAUUAGUUAUGCUUUUGGUUCAAUUUUUAUAGCAUGUGUAUCCACUUGUAUUUUUCCCAAUGUUUUUACAUGUAAUUCAACAAAAUAGUCUCUAAUGAUCCUCAGAAUUUCAAUGAUAUCUGUUAUUAGUUUUUAAAACUAGUUUCACUUAUUUGUUCUUUUUCUCCCUUUCUACUAAUAAAUUUAAUAAAAUGGUUCUCUUUAUCUUUUUCUAAUAACCAUCUUUUAAAAAUUAAACUUUUUACUGUUCUUUUUGUUUCUAUUUCAUUUAUUUUGGCUGUACUAUUUAUUAUUUCUCUUAUACUGAUUUGGAAUUUGGUUUGGGCCUUGUCUUUAUAAGUUCUUGGGAUACCUUUCAAGUAUUUAUUUAAAAUAUCUCUAUAUUACUAAUAUAGACUUUUCAUUUGAUUAGAAGAAUUUUAUCAUUUCUUCUUUGAUUUCUUCAAUAACUCACCAAUCGUGAACCACUAUGUUGUCUAACCACAGUUGUGAAGAGAGUAUUCAGGCGCUUUUGCUAUUGAUUUAUUUUAAUUCCAUUGAUGUUAUAUAUGAUGUAAUGAAUUAUUAUAUUUUAAUUCAAUAAUAAUUUCUCUGAGGCUUAAUACAUGGUGCUUGUUAGAAUAAUAUGCUGAUAAUCAAAAGUGUAUUCUGCAGCUGUUGAACUGAAUAUUAUGUAGAUGUCUCUUUAGGUCAUCUUACUUCAUAUAUAUUCUGACAUUUUUUAGCUAAUGUUUGGUUUUUGAAGAUCUCUCUGCUGUUUUCAAUGAAUAUAUUUGAAUCAGGAUAUUGAAGUAACCUACUAUUAUUUAAUGAGGCCUUAUGACUAGUUGUGGUUUUAUAAAAUUAGGGAUAUCAGCAUUGGGAGCACAUACAUUUAUAGUCUAGCUUCUUUUUAUGGUGCUGAGAUCAAAUUCAGAUCCCUGCACAUGCCAGGCAAGCAACUUAUUACUUUCUAACCCUUAGUUAUAUCUUCUUUAUGAAUUCUACUUUUGUUCAGCAUAGAGUGACUUUUUUGUGUCUUAAAGUCUAUUUUGAUGGUUAUGAUUAUGACUACUCCUGCUUGAUUAUAUUUGCUUGGAUUAUCAUUUUCCAUAUUUUCACUCAGUUUGUUUCUUUGCAGAGAGAUUAUUUUCUUGUAAACAACAUACUUCUGGAAUGUGUCUUAUCCCAAGUAGAUUCUCUGUGUCUUUUAAUUGGAGAAUUAGGAUUAUUAUGCUCAUUGUAAUAAGUGGGUAAUAACUAUAAUUUAAUUCUUCUUGUUUCAAAUAUUCUGAGCUCAUUUCUUCCUCUCAUUUUACACAUUUUAUGUUCUGUACUACUGGUAAUGUUUGAUUCCUUUCCUUUUCUCAUUUGUGUGUGUACUCCUAUAAUGGGAUAUUUUCCUUCAGGAGCAGUCAUGUUUGUACCUAUGUUUCUUCCUCUUCUGAGUGGAGGUUUCCAUAAACACCUCCUUAAUGCUCAUCUGGUGGUCCUGCAUUCCCACAAUUUAUGCUUUUCUGAGAUCAUAUCUCUCCUUUUAUUAUGGAGGGUAAUCUUGCUGUGUAUACUAAUCUCAAUGGAAAGUUGUUUUCUUUGGGGAUUGGAAAGGCAUCAUCAGUGCCCUCUGUCCUUGAAAGUUUCACAUGAAGUGAUAAUCAUCUGUCUGGACCUGGUGGGUGGAUUCAAAGGAGGGUGGGGGAGGAAGGCACAGGACCAGGACACGAUGCUCCCGGGAAGAUGCUCCUUAGAACUGGGUUGGAGCCAGGACAGCCCUAGUUAGGCACAAGGGCAAUCAAACUGCAGCCACCAGGAGGACCCGUCUGUCCCUAAAGCCCACCGGAGAUCCAGCACAGAAAAGCCUCGGAUUGGAUCCUCCGGUAGUCCUGGAGAGUGUUGCAGGUUGGUUGAGUCCUACACCCUGUGUGACCCCCAGGGGACGGAAGCACCCCUACAUUUAAAAAGAGCUGAGAAGUAAGAAGUGUUUAGUCACCAGCCGGAGACUAACGGAUGCUCAGCUGCACUACAUCCACCAUGCCCGGGAUGAUCUGCAAGAACUCAGACCUGGAGUUUGACUCGCUGAAGCCCUGCUUCUAUCCGGAAGAAGAUGACGUUUACUUUGGCGGUCCCAACUCGACGCCUCCGGGGGAGGACAUCUGGAAGAAGUUUGACCUGUUGCCUACGCCUCGGUUGUCACCCAGCCGUGCCUUGGCGGAGCACAGCCUGGAGCCAGGGAACUGGGCCACCGAGAUGCUGCUGCCUGAGGCCGACCUAUGGGGUAACCCGGCCGAGGAGGAUGUUUUUGGCCUGGGAGGACUCGGCGGCCUCACCAGCAACCCGAUCAUUCUUCAGGACUGCAUGUGGAGUGGCUUCUCCUCCCGGGAGAAGCUGGAGAGUGCGGUAAGCGAGAAGCUGCCGGAUGGCUGUGGGUCCCUGGCGGCCGGCCCCAGCACCUCCGCCCCUGGAGCGGCAGCCGCCGCCAGCUCCGCGGGCCACGCGCGCAGCGGAACAGCAAGUGUGGGGCGUGGGAAAGCCUCCUGGCUCACGGAGCUCGCCCACCUGGACUCGGAGUGUGUGAACCCUGCUGUGGUCUUCUUCCCGGCGAAUAAGCGCAAGAGGGUGCGGGUACCGGCCAUCCCCGCCAAUGCCGGCACUGCCCGCACUACAAUCAUCCGUAGGGGCCACCAGGCCUUCAGCACCUCCAGAAGGGACAUCCUGAGCAACUCAGGUACUGAGGAGGAAGAUGAAGAGGAAAUCGAUGUGGUCACGGUGGAGGAGACACAGUCCUCCAAUACUGUCACCAGGCUCCCCACCGCGGCGUGUCCUGGGAACGCAGCGCUGGGCUCCCGGUGCGUGCAGUCCAGCGAGCUGAUCCUCAAGCGCUGUGUCCUCAUUCAUGAGCAGCACAACUACGCCGCGCCACCGUUGCCCUAUGUGGACAGCGAGGACGCGCCGCCGCGCAAGAAAGUCAAGAGCAAGGCUUCACUAAGGCCCCUCAAGUGCGUCCUCCCGCUGAAGCCUACGAGAUUGGGUCCCCGCAACUCAGACUUGGUGGACAAUGAGCGUCGCCGCAACCACAACAUGAUGGAGCGCCAACGCCGUGACAAUUUGCGCUCCAGCUUCCUGAACCUCAGGGACCUUGUGCCUGAGCUGGUGCACAAUGAGAAGGCCGCCAAGGUGGUCAUCCUGAAAAAGGCCACUGAGUACAUCCACACUCUGCAGGCUGAUGAGUACAAGCUGCUGGUGGAAAGGGAGAAAUUGCACGCAAGAAAACAACAGUUGCUGAAGAAAAUCAAACACUCUGAGACAUACUAAAUAUUUCUUAAAUGGACAGUCACUGAUGUUUUGCACAUGUUGACUUGAAAAAAAACCUAUUGUGUUGACAUUAAGAAUGUUGGUUUACCUUCAUAUUGGUCCCUUGUCAAGUUUGGAGCUGGAUAGGGGGCAAAUCAUGGAGUUCUAGUGGGGCCUUGGAAAGUCUAGGAAUAGGAUGCUAGGUGACUUCUUUCUUUCCUCUAACCUCGGUGAUGGCCAUGAAAGUUCAGGAUAGUUGGGAACCUUGGAAGGCUAUUAAAGUCAUGUUUACUCCAAGUUUCCAGAGUUACUUCUCCUUUUUCCAGGAGUGAUUACAUUCCAAUAGAUGCCACAGAAAGGGAGUCCCCAUUUGAUGUCCCUGGGGGGAACAUUUCUGUAAAUUCCAUAAACUUGCCCACCAAGAGGUCAUUCUUACACUGGAAGUUCACACUUAGUGUCGUGAUAACACCUCAAUGUUUGAGGAGCAUGUUUUGUAUACAAAUAUACUGUCAAUCUCUGUUAUGUACUGUACUAAUUCUUACACUGUGUACUUUAGUAUGAAGCUGAUACGUAACUAAAUUUGAUAAUUAUGUUUACAUAUGAAGAUGAAGAGUGAAGGUUUUUAGUAGAUAUGACUUUAUCACUUUUUUGAACUAAGAAAGUUUUUAAAGAAAUUAUAUAUGUAUAUGUAUAUUCUCUGUCUUUCUGUUAGUGUAUUGGUUCAUGUGUGAUGUGUAGAAAUGGAUAAAUGCAAAGUUGUGUGUUUAAUUUCUACAAAAUACGUACACUUUGAAAUACCUCAUGUUAUUAUGAAAUAAAUAUCAAUUGAAUGAUUUUUUUAAAAGAAAUUUUCUGGUAACAGAAAUGCUUUUCCACUAAUUAGUUUGCCCUUAAAUGUGACUUGGCGUUUCUGUUUCACAGAUUUUAAUAUUAUUUCUCUGAUGUGCACUUUUGGUUACUUAAUCAUAAUAUGCUGUAAAGAGGUUCUCUCUUGGUCAGAUCCAUUUGAAAUAAACUCCUCUUGUAC